GUAAUAAAGAACUGCUCCUCUUCUUUAUUACCAUCCUUCCAAACACACUGCAAAUUUUGUUAACAGUGGCAGAAGAACCACAAGACGUGAGAGAGAGACCAAAGAAAAAAGGAAGAAAGAAAAAAGCUUCCCUCCCCCAACCCCAGCCCCAACUAAUAUUCUUCUCUUUUUUCUCCUUUUCAAUUCCGUCUAAUUCUUCACUUUCCCCUUCUCUUCAAACUGAGCUUUGAAAAGGGGCAUCGCCAAAAACCAAAAAACUGAGUCAUGGGUUGCUGUGAAUCCACCUUUCUAGCAGAGGCUCCCCCGGAGAAGGUUCAGACCCAGCAGCCUCAGCCGCCCUACACUCCGGCGGAGCCUGCGGCGGCGGCUGUUGGGCCCGACCCGAAUACGACGACCGGAGGAACCGUCUCGGCUUUCUCCGAGUUCUCCUUCUCGGACCUGAAGGCGGCCACCGACAAUUUCAACUCCAACUUCAUAGUCUCCGAGUGCGGCGAGAAGGCUCCGAACAUUGUCUACAAGGGUCGCCUUCAGAACCGCAAGUGGAUCGCCGUGAAGAAGUUUACCAAAGUGGCGUGGCCGGACCCCAAGCAAUUUGUGGAAGAGGCUUCAGGAGUGGGGAAGCUACGGCAUCCCAGGUUUGCCAAUCUGAUAGGGUAUUGCUGCGAUGGUGAUGAGAGGCUGCUUGUUGCUGAGUUCAUGCCCAAUGAUACUCUUGCUAAGCAUUUAUUCCACUGGGAAAAUCAAACCAUUGAGUGGGCCAUGCGGUUGAGAGUUGCUUUCUAUAUUGCUGAAGCUUUGGAAUAUUGUACUACUAAAGGCCGUGCACUGUACCACGACUUGAAUGCUUAUAGAGUUCUUUUUGAUGAGGAUGGCGAUCCACGUCUUUCAUGUUUCGGAUUGAUGAAAAACAGUAGGGACGGUAAAAGUUACAGCACGAAUCUUGCCUACACACCACCUGAGUAUUUGAAAAAUGGAAGGGUAACCCCUGAAAGUGUUAUUUACAGCUUUGGUACCGUCCUCUUGGAUCUUCUAAGUGGCAAACACAUCCCUCCAAGUCAUGCUCUUGAUCUGAUUCGAGGAAAGAAUAUCAUUCUCUUAAUGGAUUCACAUUUGGAAGGAAAAUUUUCUACAGAGGAAGCAACAGUUGUUGUCAAUCUUGCUUCUCAAUGUUUACAAUAUGAACCUAGGGACAGGCCUAACACUGAGGAUCUUGUUUCAACUCUUUCUCCCUUGCUAACAAAACCAGAUGUUCCCUCUUAUGUCAUGCUUGGGAUAAAGAAGCAGGAGGAAGCCCCAGUAACCCCACAACGCCCCUUAUCAUCGAUGGGUGAGGCCUGUUCGAGAAUGGAUCUCACUGCAAUCCAUCAAAUCUUGGUUAUGACACACUACAGAGACGACGAAGGAACUAACGAGCUAUCUUUUCAAGAGUGGACACAACAGAUGAGAGAUAUGCUGGAGGCAAGAAAGCGCGGGGAUUUCGCCUUCCGGGACAAGAAUUUUAAAGCUGCAAUUGACUGCUAUUCACAGUUUAUAGAUGUAGGAACUAUGGUCUCCCCGACCGUGUUUGCCCGACGAAGCCUAUGCAAUUUGCUAUGCGAUCAACCCGACGCUGCACUUCGUGAUGCAAUGCAAGCACAAUGCGUACACCCAGAUUGGCCCACAGCCUUCUACAUGCAGAAAGACGCCAUCGACAUGUUGAACGAAGCAGCUGCGUUAGAAGAGAAGAGGCAACGAGGUGGAAGAUGAUCACGAGAACGGACUCGCUCGACAAUGCUGUAAUUACAAGCAUACUUCUGUUAUUUGUUGCUGAGGUGAGGCUACCACAAUUUGUAUAAAGUGUGAGCUGGUAAUUUUCUUCACUUGGAAAAAGAAAAUGUGAACUAGUUUUACAUUUAACUUGAUUGUCUUGAGUCAAUUGAAGGGCUUGUAAAUUCAAUCAAUUUAAGUCAUAAUAUGACCUCUCCCUCUCUCGAACGAGAUUGUGUAUACACGAAAAGAGCUCGCUUUCUACA